GUAGCCUGCUGCAAACACUUGGAUGUGGAGUGAAGGAGGCCUACAGGUCAAAUGCAGCUGAAUGUGGCGGUGCCAGUAUAACAAGAGUUGACAGUGGCUGCAAUACAGACGAAGGAAGGACGACGACUGCUUUAGACGGUGAAGCACUGUAAGCAGUCUUCCUAGCAUUCUCCGAAAUCCAGUGCUCUCUUUCUCUCUCUUCAUAUGUGACAUCAAAAUAAGGUUGUGCAUUAUUCAAGGCGCUCGAUGUUGAUUACGAGGGCUGUGUGGAAGUUUUAACAAGAUACUAACGUCAACAAUAAAGGAGAGAGGGUAUACUGCAGACGCGGAUUUACAAGGUCAGAAUAAAGUCCAGCGCCCUAUAAGCACUCCCUCGGAACUUUCCUCGCAAAUUUUUAUGAGACAAGAGAGUAAUUAGGUGGACAGUGACACCUCUUGCGUCUGAAAACUCGUCCAAAACUGCAUCAAGCCUGGGAUUCCAUUGUCUUGGGAGAAAAAGCAAGUACCACACAAUGGUCUACACAAAGGCUCUCACCAUACUUCUGGUGCUCCUCGUUCUGACGGAGAUCCUGAAUGCGCAACAGGCGACAGCAGGCAGACGACAGCGGGGCGGCCGCAACAACCAGCAACAGACUCGCAACAGAGGCAGCGGAGGAAGGAGAGGAGGAGGAGGGAGGCCGGCCAGCAGUCCUGCCGACGAGGAAGGGAGCACCCAGAAUACUGACAACGCCUGUGAAGAGAUUCAGGUGCCCAUGUGCAAGGGUCUGAUAGGAUACACUCAGACCAAGCUGCCCAAUCGCUUUAACCACACGACACAACUGCAGGCUUACAGGGUGCUGGAGCACAUGUGGGCGAUGAUAGACCGAGGGUGUUCUGACAACCUGCGGCUGCUGGCGUGCUCGCUGUACCUGCCCAAGUGUGACGGACCGCGUCGGGCCGGGCAAGAGCCGUGUGCAAACACGUGCAAGAUGACCCAGCGCGUGUGUCAGCCACGGCUGGAGGAGCUGGGUUACACGUGGCCCGCGGCCUUUGACUGCGACGCUCUGCCCAAGCGCGCGUGCAUCCGACACCUGGCGCAGCACAACACCUGUGACAGGCCCUACACUCUGUGCGAACGCAUCGACCUCCCUAUGUGUCAGAACGUGUCCUUUACCGUUGGCAUGUUCCCCAACAUGUUUGGCCAGUGUCACCGCUCGCAGAUCAUCACUGAGAUGGAGCAGUUCCAGCCGCUUCUCGACAGCAACUGCUCGCCUAACUUGAGGUUCUUCCUGUGCGGCGUCUACAUGCCUUUCUGCACGCACACGGAGGGGCAGCUGUCGUUGCCGUGCCAGGAGGUCUGCACAGAGGUAAGGGUGGCUUGCGGACCUACCUACACCCGGCUGUCGGGAGGCCUUCCCUGGCCCAACAAAUUUCAGUGUCAUCGGUACCCGUCGGCAGCAAACACAAACAACACUUGUGUCAUGCCCGACGACGCACCUACGAUGAAUCUACAGUAAGCAAGUUUGGGAGAAGAAGAACAGAUACAUCACAGACGAAGAAAAACACACAAAGAGAGGCCAGUCAAGAGGAUGCUCUCCGUCACCUUCGAUUGGCCUGGGCCAUUACCGUGGUCCAUUCAGCGAACUUUAAAGCUCUAGUACGAUGCAAAACUUUUUUUAACCAAUAGAUCGAGCUCAGUCUACAGCUAGUACCGUUGCCUUGAAGUAUGCAAAUAAUUCCUUCUGUUCUCGAGAUACACUUCUCCAAAUUUCCUCAUCAAUGUCAUUCAUCCCUUUUGCGGUAUUAGUUCAGGUGGCCUGCAGGUACCGGUCAUCGGAGGAAGGAAACCUGAUUAGGACGUAGCAGCUGACGAGGGCUGUCUUGAGCAGUGAGCAGAUUCUGCACUAACGUCUCCUCACCUUUAGCUGGCCCUAUGUUUCAAAGAAACCAUUUAAUUGCCGUCUGCUUUAACGUUUUUCUUGGUAAUGCACACAGUGGUAAUUGCUCCUAUGGGUCUGUUGUAACCGCACCUGCCCAGGUACUCGCUUGCUUGGAACUCAUACUAGCGAUGGACAGUCAGCCACAUACCAAGCAAGAUGAUCAGACCUUACGCGUAGUGGGUAAUAAGUACAGACAUUAGUAUGGGAGUGAAGUACAGCAGUACAAUGCCGAUGUUCACAACUUACUUUGACAUUUAUUCGAUAACAUUUGAUGGUGAUAUACGGUAGAAUACAAGUUGCCAAAAAAAAAAAAAAUAAAUAAAUAAAAAAGAAGAAAAGAUUUAAUUCCAGCACAAGCCACCCAUUCUGAAAGUAACGGCAAUUGUCGUCAAGGUUUGCAAACAAGAUACAGUAGGAAUAGUGCCAUUGCAUUUGUAGAUUAUAUUACUGCUUUUGGCAUCAAUUACCAAUUACCAAUCGCCAAGUUUUUUGCACUAUAUUACAAACUGACACGCUUGUUGCCAAUCAUACCAUCACCUCUAUAUGGUUUCGUUAAAACUUUAUCCGAUUAAAAUUAAAUUCAGGUCUGUAUAUUAUUAAUUUCAACUUUUUUCAAAUUUCAAAUAUUUUUCAAGCAUUAAAUGUUUUAUUAAAAUAUAGUUUCUUCAAAUUUGAA